AGACAUGACACUUAAUCGAACAGAUUCAUACAAAUGAAACGGUUGAUAAGUUUAUUAUUUUGUCUGGUUUGCAUUUAUGCAAAGACUUGCUGUGACGACGGUUGGAUUGGCUAUAAAGGCUCGUGUUACUUGUUUGGGCAUGGCUUACAUACAUUCACAACGGCUGAGCAAUACUGUCGCCAGCGCAACGGUCAUCUCGUCCAUGUAAAUACUGCAGAAGAGAAUACAUUCCUCACAGACCAAAUGAGAGACAGAAAAGAUCGGGCAUGGUGGCUUGGCAUUACAGACGAAGGAUCGGAAGGUGUUUGGUAUUGGUUUGAUACAAACACUCUUGCUGAGUUUACAGACUUCCACCCUGGUGAUGGUGGUCCCCAUAUCAUCGAAGACUGUGCGGUAUAUGAUCCUAGCGUUGCCUACCAGUGGGUAGAUAUUUCUUGUGAAAAACAGGCAUAUUUACCCCUCUGUGAAGCCAGAUCGAGUGACUGUACAGAUGCGGUCGUAGUAGGCUGAAAUAAAUCUUGGUUUUUGUUCUUCAAACAAAUUCAAUUAUUAUAAUGGAAAUGCAAUUGGUUUACAUAUUUUCAAAAUAAAUGAGUACGCCUUUGGAAG